UAUGAUUCAAUAUCCUGAUCUUGAUAAACCUGCUAGUAAUUAUAAGUAACAAUGAAAUCAAACUAAAUAGUUAUCCUCCUCCUGAUGAAAAUUUGUAACAAAUAUAUGUAGGAUAAUCAAUACAAGGAACUUAAUGGUAGAAUAAUUAAAUUAAUAUGGUUCAAUAUGGCAAUAUUCCCUAAUAUAUACCUGCAAUUCCAAAUACUCAAUAUCCAAGUAGUUUAUAAUAUAGAAGUUUUGGUAAAUUUUAAAAUUUAAUGAAUAGGAGAACUUGAUAAAGAGAAUCUACCUCCUUAUUCAUUAAAUGUUAGAUGUCCUGAAUGUGCAGGUAUGAUUUAAACAAAGUUAACUUAUGUUUCUGGAUGUCUUUCUUUUAGUUUAUGUUUAACAAUGUGUGUUUUUGGAUUAUUUUGUGGGUAUUAUUUAAAUGAUUUAUUUAAUUAUUAGUUGUUGUUUAAUACCAUUUUGUAUGAAUUGUUGUAAAAGAUAAGUACAUUAAUGUCCUUUAUGUGAAAAGGUUUUGGGAGAUGUGAAAUGA